CUCAUUGAUAUAUCGUAGCCAGCGAACAUGGUGUUCUGUGAACGAUUAUUGGCCGGCUUGGCCAUUAUUUCGGUGCCCUACACCAUCUCUGUGUUAGCACAAGAUUCCGGCGUUAAGGAACUUUCGCAGGUUGCCAUCUUCACUCCACCUUCAACUUAUACGGACCCAAGGGUUCUAUAUGCGCGUACGGCUCAGCUUCCAAAUAAUGAAAUCCUAGCAACAUGGGAAAAUUACAGCCCGGAGCCACCCGCGGUCUAUUUCCCCGUUUACAAAUCCAGUGAUAAGGGGGCUACGUGGACAGCGUUAUCCAAUGUAACAGAUCAAUCGUACGGAUACGGACUCCGAUAUCAACCUUUCCUCUACGUGUUACCGGAGAAUUUCGCGGGAUAUAAAAAGGGGGACGUACUAUUAGCCGGCUCAUCGAUCCCAACGAAUCUCUCGAGCACUCAUCUUGAACUCUACGGGUCUAAGGAUAGCGGGAAGACCUGGAAAUUUCUCAGCCAUGUUGCUGCUGGGGGCGAAGCUAGGCCUAAUAACGGUCUGACCCCUGUGUGGGAACCAUUUUUGCUGCUUCAUAACGGCAAACUCAUCUACUACUAUUCGGAUCAGCGAGAUCCGGCGCAUGGCCAGAAGAUGGUUCAUCAGACCAGUACGGACUUGAUUAACUGGGGAGACGUGGUGGAUGAUGUUGCCUAUCCUACUUACAGCCAACGACCUGGCAUGCCUACCCUAGCAUUGCUUCCAAAUGGCCAAUAUAUCUAUACCUACGAGUAUGGUGGUGGACCGAACCCUGCGAACUCAGGAACCUUCCCGGUUUACUACCGUCUUUCCAGCGACCCGGAGUCAAUCAACAGCGCCACUCACCACCUACUGCGAACAACUGAUGGCACAGUCCCUACUGGCUCACCGUAUGUCGUUUGGUCGUCAGCCGGUGGGGUAAACGGAACCAUCAUCGUGUCUUCGGGCUGUUGCUCUGACAUUUACAUCAAUACGGCACUCGGAGCUGAGGGUGCGUGGAAGAAAGUAUCGACACCUGAAGGAGCCUCUUAUACGAGGUCCUUACAUGUGUUCCUAGAAGAUCAAAGCCAACUUCUGAUUGCGGGAGGCGGCCGUUUACCUCCGAGCACGACGAAUAAGGUCACUAUUAGCGUCAUGAAGGUUCCAUCAUGAUCUGUUACUAGAAGUUGCCCAUAUAAAUUACAUAGAAACUUGUUAAA